AUGCACGCGCGAUGGUGGACGGCUUCGGCCGUGAUUACCCUCUUGCAUACGCCCCUGCAUGUCCUGGCUACUGAUGUCCUCAAAACUGACGGCUACUCGCUCUGUGCCCAGAGCUCGGCCAUUCAAGUACAACAGUUCAGCAUCCAGUAUGACCGCAGCACAGAACAAAUCACAUUCGACGUCGCCGGUACCAGCAACAAAAUGCAAAAUGUGACUGUCUCUCUAUACGUCAGCGCUUAUGGGAAACAGGUUUACCAGAAAGACUUCAACCCCUGCGACACAGAUUCCAAAGUCGUGGAGCUUUGCCCGUUGCCCGCCGGUACCUUCUCUGCUCAGGGAAACCAAUCCGUUCCCUCAGAUUAUGCCGGCAUGAUUCCUUCCAUAGCCUUUUCGGUGCCCGAUCUGGACGGAGAAGCAAAGCUUGAGCUCAAGGCUGCGGACACUGGAAAUGAGAUUGCCUGUAUCGAAUCGUCGGUUACCAACGGUAAAACUCUUCAGCUCGCUGCUGUGUCCUAUGCUGCAGUUGGUAUACUCGCUGCAUCCUUGUUACUCAGCGGCUUGAGUGCCUUGGGGACCGCAGGUCACCCUGGGGCCGCUCCCGCCAGCCCCAGUUUUGCCCAGGUCGCCGGCUGGUUCCAGACCAUGGCCACUGGUGGCAUGAUGAGUGUACCCUAUCCGGCUGUGUAUCGAAACUUCGCAUCCAACUUUGCUUUUACCACCGGACUUGUUCCCUGGGGCCAAAUGCAGAACUCUAUCGACCAUUUCCGAAACAUAACCGGUGGUAACCUGACUGCCAAUAGCUACGAGUAUUUGAGGAAUGCUACUCUUCAUUACUAUGGCGAUAACGAUUCUACAAGUACUACGACAAAACGUGCCUUUGCUGAGCUGUUAGAGCGAGCUGCCUUGUUUUCUCGAGACGUGUCGACUUCGGUUAAUAGCACUGGAAAUGAUACUGCGUCUAAUGCGACAAGUGGUAUUCAACACACGCUUCAAGGUAUCCAGGCAUACUCCGAACAGCUCUCCAUCCCGUCCUCCAGUAUCUUCAUGACUGUUCUUUUGUCUUUCGCCAUUGUCAUGGCAGCCGUUGCUGUAGGAAUCUUGCUCUUGAAAGUCAUUCUCGAAACUUGGGCACUCUACGGCUCGUUUCCCGCCAGUCUCACUGACUUCCGAAAGCAUUAUUGGGGUCUUCUUGGCCGGACCAUUACAAACUUGAUUCUUAUUAUCUAUGGCAUAUGGGUGCUCUACUGCGUCUACCAAUUCACUCGUGGUGAUUCAUGGGCCGCAAAGUUGCUAGCAGGUUUGACUCUAGCCAUGUUCACCGCGCUCUUACUAGCCUUCACCGUUAGAAUCGCACAACUUGCCCGUCGAUACAAGAAAUCGGAAGGAGACACCUCAGUUCUAUAUGAAGAUCGAAAGGUUUGGAGACGUUACAGUUUAUUCUACGACAGUUACAAACGAGACUAUUGGUAUAUAUUCAUUCCAGUUAUUGCGUACUCUUUAAUCAAGGGCUGCAUCAUUGCUGGUGGUGAUGGCCACGGUCUUUUCCAAACGGGCGGCCAGUUGGUUGUUGAAUCUUUGAUGAUGAUUCUGUUGUUGUGGAGCCGACCAUACGUUGCAAAGUCAAGCCAAUGGAUCAAUCUCGUGAUCCAGGCCGUUCGGGUCCUUUCUGUGGUGUGCAUUUUGAUAUUUGUACAGGAAUUGGGCUUUUCGAAAACCACAAAAACUAUCACUGGAAUCGUUCUCAUUGCUGUCCAGUCGACUCUCACGGGUGUACUAGCCAUUCUCAUCGCCAUCAAUGCGUUGAUCAACUGUAUCCGAAAGAAUCCCCAUGCCAAGCUGAGGGAACGUAAUGAGAAACUAGACCAUGAUAUGGACAACCUCACAGCCCUCGACGCGCGGAACUCACUACUUAUGGACGGCCCUCGUUCCCGAGCUGACAUUUACGAGGCUGGCAAAUACAAUACCACUGGACCUUUUGAACCCUACCGCGAUCAGUUCGCUCAUUCUCAUGGCCGUGAGAAGAGUACCGAUCGUUUGAUCUCGACUAACUCCUUCUAUCGCGGUCAUCACCAGUAUUCUCGCAGCACCGACCGAGGUCGCAGUCCUAGUCCUGAAGAAGCCCAUCAUCAACCUCAGUCUUUUGGAGUUGCUUUAUAA